AUGCGUCUUUCACUAUCUGCUAUCGUGCUCGGCCUUUCGGGGUUGGCAUAUGCUAGCACAAAUGCUUCAACUACCCUGACCAGCUCGCUCAGCACUUCCUCUGGCGUUCUUGAGAUCCCUCAGGGAUCAACCUGUGCUUGCGCGAAGCUUUCUCAGGCCAUGCCCCAGAGCUUCAUUCUUCCCGGAUCGCAGAACUAUACCACCGAGACUGUUGAUAGCUACUGGGACAUCCGUGCAGAUCUUUCUCCAGCGUGUGUGAUUGUGCCCUCCACUGCCGGUGAAGUCUCCGAAGCUGUCCGGAUCAUUAGCACUUGCCAGGCAAAGUUUGCGGUUCGUGGCGGAGGCCACAUGAACUACCCCGGUGCUAACAACAUCGAUGCUGGUGUCCUUAUCGGAUUGUCUAACCUGGACGCUAUCGAGGUGAAGAAUGGCAGUGUGGACGUGGGCCCGGGAAAUAACUGGUACGACGUCUACUCUGCCCUUGAACCUUACGGUCGUGUUUGUAUCGGAGGCCGUAUGAAGACAAUCGGUGUCCCGGGGUUGAGUUUGAUCGGUGGAUUCCACUACUUCAACAACAAGUACGGAUAUGCGAUGGACAAUGUGAUCAGCUAUGAUAUUGUCCUCGGCAACGGAACCCUCAUUACUGUUACUAGGAGCGCCCACAGCGACCUUUUCUGGGCUCUGAAGGGAGGCGCAAACAACUACGGUAUUGUCACUCGUUUCGAGCUGCGUACCUUUGAUGUCCCCAAGAUUAGCACGACCAUUCAAGUUUUCAACGAGACCCACAUUCCCGACUUUCUGUCCGCAAUAUGUGAAGCGGCCAAACUUGACGAUGAAGACCCUAUCGCUGCCGGCAUGAUUGCCACCAUCACCUACAAUGCGACAACUAAGAUCCCGCAGGGCUCUGUCUUGGGUGUUCAGGCUGGUGUCAGCAUGCCUCCAUCUCAGUUCGCCAACUUCACUAAGAUCCCUGCAACGGAGAGGAUCAACAACAUCACUACCAUGAAGCCGUGGGCUGAUACCCUUGACUCCCCUAAGCAAACUAUGCGAUAUUUCAGUGUCCAAUUCUCCCAUAAGACCAUGAAGCCCGAUGCCAAAGUUCUUUAUUCCAUCUAUAGUGCUUGGAAGGAUGCCGUCGAUGUGAUUGCCGACGUCCAGGGCCUCUACCCUACUUUCGUGACUAAUGUUAUCUCGCCUACCUCGAUUCGCGUGGCCAAGACCAAUGGUGUUGGCAAUGUGUGGGGCCUGGAGGAGGAACCUUUGAUCAUUUGGCAAUUCAGCACUGGCUGGGACUUGGCUCAGGAUGAUAUCCGCAUGGAGGCUUGGUCGCGCCAAUUGGCUGAGCAUCUUCACGGCCUUAACAACAAACUCGGACUUGCUUCCGAGUUCGUAUACAUGGGAGACGCCGGUGAAUGGCAAGACCCUUUUGCCGGAUUCCCCGGCAAGAACGUUGAUCGUAUGCGCGAGAUUCGCUCUGCCUAUGAUCCCGCUGGAGUUUUCUCCAUCCUCAGCUACGGCGGUUUUAAGCUCGGUCUUUAG